GCCGCGUGCUGGUGUUGGAGGACCCUCCCCGCUGCAGAUUUAACAACAGCAUGAAUCAAGAAAAGUUAGCCAAACUUCAAGCUCAGGUCCGGAUAGGGGGCAAGGGUACAGCUCGCAGGAAGAAGAAGGUGGUACAUAGGACAGCUACUGCUGAUGACAAAAAGCUUCAGAGUUCCCUAAAGAAACUGGCUGUGAACAAUAUAGCUGGUAUUGAAGAGGUGAACAUGAUUAAAGACGAUGGUACAGUUAUUCAUUUCAACAAUCCCAAAGUCCAAGCUUCCCUCUCCGCUAACACCUUUGCAAUUACUGGUCAUGCAGAAGCCAAACCAAUCACAGAAAUGCUUCCUGGAAUAUUAAGUCAGCUUGGUGCUGACAGCUUAACGAGCCUUAGAAAGUUAGCUGAACAGUUCCCACGGCAAGUAUUGGAUAGUAAAGCGCCCAAGCCAGAAGACAUCGAUGAAGAGGAUGAUGAUGUUCCAGAUCUUGUAGAAAAUUUUGAUGAAGCAUCGAAAAAUGAAGCUAACUAAAAUCCUCUGGGUUUUGGAAGCUGGCAUGGACUAGAUUUAACAAUCAGCUCUGUUGUUCCAAAGUUUUACAGACAUGGAGAACACACCUGUUAUUAGUUCAGUAAUAUAAAUAUUUUGUAUAUUAAUGAUGCUGUCUGCUCAGCAGUUCUCGGUCAUUUGAUUUUGCAUUUUGCACUUCUUCCCAGGAUCUAUCUUCCCAGGAUCUGUUCUUUUGGUCAAAAUAUGAAAUAUUGGUACAGUUUGAGGGUGGCUUUUGGUUUUUUUGGGGGUGGAACUUUUGGUGUGUAUGAAUAUGUAUGUGUGUGGGUAUGUGUGUACACAGUGGACAGCAGAUUGGAUAACAGUUAUAUCUAUCCUAUUCCUUCCCCCAAUAGAAAUAAAGCAAAUCUUUACAUUUGUUACUUUUUUUUUCCUAACAAAUACUGCACAUAAUUGAUGAAAAGUGAGUACCUCUGAUUGCAGAGCUGAGGGGAGUCCUUCUGUUAGAAGCUUGGUGUUAAUUUGUUGAAUUAACUUUAAUAUUUUUAUACAUUUCUCUGGAUUGAAAAUGUCCUGAGCUAUUUUGCCACCAGAUUGCUGCCAGAGUCACAAGAUGGGCCCCUUUGGUGUGGCUACCUUAGACUCAUUAAUCAGACCCAUACAAUGUCCUUUUUUAGUUUUCUUCCUGGUGCCCUGCCUCCCCACAUACUGGUCUUUAAAUGAACUGGUCAGCCUUUGAUAUUACUCUUCUCUUCUGCCUAGCUUGAGACAGAAGUUCUCCAUAUAGAAUUGAGAGAGUGCCUAAUUCCUCUUUUUGUUCCUCACCUCGAGGAACAAUGCCAUCAAUGUUUUAUUUCUUUCACAUUUAUAGUUGGUAGAGUUCAAACUGGAAUAGCUAGCAUGUGCUUGCUAAAUAACUUUAUACUCGGCUUAUCCUGUUUCCUAGGUGUUCUUGGUAGCAGGUGCAGGGUGCCUCUCUUUCAGCAAAGGUGAACCUGGGAAUGUCCUUUUGAAUGAAAAGAACAUGUAGGCCAUAUUAUCUCCUAGCAUAAAUAGGCAUUCUCUGAAAUGGUACUGGCUGCAGGAGAGUUUCUUCAGGCAGUUUCCUAUUCUUGGCCUUGACCUUACCUCUGAGUAGAUCUAAUUGAUUGUAGCUGCUCUUAACCCCCUCCUGCAUGCUUAGGAUAGUGCUUCGGGGGAACAGUGGUAAACACAGUAUUUAAUUGCUUACCUUCUUUCUGAGAACUUGGAGGUAAGUUAUAUUCAUUCACUCAGGUUUUCUUCUUGCUGUUCUGAUAAAAGCUUGUGUUUUGACAUAUCAGCAUUUAUUAUAGCCAAUAUUUUAGGAUAAGAUUUAAAGAAUCUGUUGUUUUCUGGCCCAUCACCAAACUAACUGCAGCUUAACCUUGCANCAUGCCAACUUUUGUUUCAAGCUAGAUAUCUUUCCUUGAUAUUUAAGAUGCAAGACCAACAGCAUAUUGAGAGAUUUACAGACAUGAAGGCAAAUCUCCUGUGUUCUUUUUCAUCCAAACAUUUUCAAUUUAUUUUAUAAAUUUGUUGAUUUUUUUCUUGUUAUGUUUUAUAUAUAUGGACGUAACAAAUAACAGUAAUAAAAUAACAGUA